AUGCCAUCAGUGCAACUUCUUGAUACGAGAAGGUCAGCUAUCAAGCGAUUCUCUCAACAGGUGACACGCUGGUUGUGUGCUUUAGCAGGUCAGUUAGUUGGAGGGACAUUUGGUUCUUCGGAUGCAGCUUGUGAAGGCGAGAGUGGUAGUAGUGUGAAGAGUGGAAAUGAGAGGAAGUGUGAGGAUGUGGGGGAUGAGCAGAAGAGUAGUUUGAAGUCUAAGGGGUCUGAUUUAGAAACCGGGAAAACUGAAGUUGAGAAACGGGGAUUGAAAGAGAAUCCUGUUUCUCUCUUCCCAUCGUCGCACAAUGUUGAUAAGAGCUUGGAGUUUAAUGCUUCUGUGGUGCCUUGCUCGCUAAAUGUGAAUGGGUUGCAGAGUCCAAUGUCUGUUGCCAGGACACCCGAGGGUCAAAUGGAGUGGAAAAUGAACAUCAACGGGGAAUCGAAGAUGCACCAGCAUUCGCUCAGUGGUUCCUGCUCUCCUAAGUCAGACAAGGACAAGACUAGUACACAGGACAUUACGCCCAAGACUGAUGCUUCUGCAGAGAGCGUGGAGGCCAUGAAGUCGACGAAUAGCUCGCAAGCAGGGAGUCCAUUAAUAGGAGGAGGCAGCAAGAAUGAUAACGAGAGUGAGAUGAAAUACGUGUGCCAUUACUGCGAUGCUGAGUUCAAAAUGAGAGGGUACUUGACCCGUCACAUCAAGAAGCACGCGGUGGAAAAAGCGUACCACUGUCCAUUCUGGGACGAGUCGUUGUCGCCCGAGAAACGUUGCCAUACCACUGGUGGAUUUUCCAGAAGAGACUCCUAUAAGACGCAUUUGAGAUCCAGACAUUUUAUAUACCCGGGCGAGUUAAAGAGCGUGGACCGUGUGAAGUCGCAUGGACACUGUGCCCAAUGUAAGAGACAUUUCAACUCGACGAAUGAAUGGAUCGAAGACCAUAUCGAGAGCCGUGAAUGUGAGGCUAUUCUGCCAACUUUUAAAGGAAAUCUAAAGAAAAGCAAGAAGUGCGGAAAGCUAAAAAUGAUCAUGACCUCGGAUGGUCAGUCUCGUUUCAUUACAAGUCAAAUCACAAGCCAUGAUAUCUCGAAGGCUUCGAAUUCGAACUCGAACUCAACUUCCGCUUCGACUUCGACUUCGACUUCACCAAACAAUUUCGAGUACAACACUGCGGUUCCAUCUGCAACAACUCUGGACGACAAAUCAAAGCCACCGCUAGAUAGCACAGUGUCUUUGACAUCAAUACCUUUGCAAUAUAACACUACCAUCGAUGUGAAGUCGCAGUCACAGCCGCAACUAAUAUCGACAGGUACGAAUUCUAGAGCAAACAUGCGCAAUGUUGUGCUUCCUCUGGAUGAGUUCUCUAGCCUAAAUCACUCGCCAGUAGAGGAUGCUGCAUUGGACUCUGUAAGAUCGAUAUCCUCGCAGUCCUCGCAUGAACACACUAUACCCAACAAAGACAUGAAUUUCAUACAUGCUGGGAACGAUUCCGAAGAUAAUCAAGAUUGGAUGGUUCUACCGCUUGACGUUGAACAAGCUGGUUUGUGCUCCAACGACGAGAUUAAGACGAUAACAGAUAAUGACGUACCCAAGAUUAACGUGACAUUACAAAGGCAAAUGAAUGAAUACACAUUGGGAGAAAGACACUUCAGAGAAACACAGCAAUUCAUGAAUUUCUUCAAUUACACUUACAAUUACCAGUAA